CGCAUUCCGCCGGUGACCGCUCGCACGUCGCCGUGACUUUGGAUGCUAAGGUGUUUAGCGACGAUGUGAAGACCUGAACGCGAGUCUGAAGCUCUCCUCUCAGGGAAAGUCAUCCAAAGCCUUUCUGUGAACACGGGCCUGCCUGGCAUCGCUCAUCCAUAUCGUUCCUGCUUUGUUUCCACCCUUCUCGCCCACAUCAUGAAAGGCCUCUCGAGUAGCCGGAGUCACCAUCAUGUGAUGUCCUAUGAGCCAAUAUAUGAUCCACUCGGUCAGCAUGUUGACCGCAAGCCAUACUUGAUUAGUCAGAUCGACAUGCCACUUCCCAUUGCUGUGCCACACCCAACUGAGCUGUCCUACUACAAUGCUCAGCGCACCUCGUACCCAUCUGACAGUAACAGCGUUGUCCCAUACGGAACCUUUCCUCGACGAUGCCAUUCCACCUCCUCAUCUCACCAUCCUGAGGUAAAGGAUGAGUGUAUGGCCAUGGUACCGUAUGUAGGAGGAGGAGGAGCAGGAGGUGGUGGAGGCUAUGGAGGUAAAACGCCCACCCGGGUACCAGCAAACUUUGCAGACCCAUUUGAGCAUCAGCCAUCGUUUUCCAGAGAUGGUUACCAUACACUGCAAUACAAACGAGGAGUGUUGGCCCAGAGUGGGGGCAUCGGGUCCAACACCAACAAUGACAGCCCAGGGAGGAUUCGCCACCUGGUCCACUCAGUCCAGAAACUGUUCACCAAGUCACAUUCACUGGAGGGCCCACACCACACACAGUCUGUCAAGGGGGCUAAUAACGGGAGUGUUAAUGGUGGUGUUGGUGGUGGAGGAGGUGGUGGUGGUGGUUCAAGGGCAAGUCCAGAGGGUGAUGCGCCACCGAUGGGAGCGCGCCAGAGGAAACGCAGCAAGAGUCGUGAGCGCUGCCGAUCGGCGGAGCCCAAACAUCGAGGCCACCACCAUCAUCACCACCAGCUCCACGGCUCAGCAUCCGCACCGGGCUCUGGAUAUUGGAGCUCAGAUGAUAACCUGGAACGGGAGCUGUGUCUCUACCACCCUCACCACCACCAACCACCACCCUCACCUUCACCGUCCAUUUCCCCUUCACCUAUAGCAAUGACAGUGGGUCGGUACCCUGGCAACAACCCUGACAAGUUCCCCCAGUCACAAAAAUACUUUAUGAUGGACCCUUAUGGCACAAUCAGUGAGCACGCACACACCCAUGCACAUCAUGGCCACUCGCGCCACCAUUCCGCACUCAGAGCCUCCCGGAGCAACAACGAUGUCAAGUAUGCAGCGCCAUCCUCUUGUGUGCCAGUUAGUGGUAGCAGCAAUAACAUCGGUGGCAGUAUCGGUGGAGGAGGUGGUCCCUUGCUGUCUCUGGGUCUUGUGGACGUGCCCCUUGUGAAGAAAGGGGCAUGGUCGUCGAGCUUAACGGUGAGCAGGGCCCGAGAGGUCUACACCAACAACAGCAGCCACAACCAGCUCCGAGCCAGCGCAGGAUCCGGUAACCUAAACCUAGAUAGAGCUCUAGUCAAAUCUAAGGGCAGUCAGCAGCAGGAGCGCACUUGCCAUUUCCUACAGGUGCCUCAGGACGAAUGGAGCGGUUUCUCUCCUUUGGGGAAGGAGGACGACAUUCCCUGCCGAAGGAUGAGGAGUGGCAGCUAUGUGAAAGCCAUGGCUGAGGACGACAGCGGCGACUCAGACGGGAGUCCCAAACCUUCCCCCAAGAUACAGGCACGACGCGCCAGCUACUUGAAAGCCACGCAGCCGUCGCUGACUGAGAUGACCACCCUCCAGAUUUCAUCAGAACAUUCCCCAAAGCUACAGAUCAGGAGCCACAGCUACCUGCGUGCGGUGAGUGAGGUUUCGAUCAAUAGAAGCCUGGACACCCUGGACCCCAAAACCCUUCUCGACCCCAAAUCGUUGCUCUCCUCACCCCAAUACCGCUCACGCAAUGAAAGCUACAUGAGGGCCAUGAGCACCAUCAGUCAGUUGAGUGAAGUUGAGGUGAAUGGGCAGAUUGAGCAGGUAUGUGAGCAGGUCUACAGCGAAAUGCAGGCCCAGGCCAUGGAGGCUGCCAUGGACAGGAUGGACAGGAUGGACAGGAUGGAUACCAUGGAUACUUUGCCCAUGCCAGGAUGUUUCAGAAUGAGGAGCCACAGCUAUGUGAGAGCAAUUGAUCAGGGCUGUGCAGGGGAGGAAGAGGGAGAAGGAGGAAGACCACUGCUCCUGCUGCCAUCUUCUCCCCCACGCACAUCUGCCACGACUGUCAGGACCAUCCAGAGCAGCACAGUUUCAUCUUGUAUCACAACAUAUAAGAAAACUCCUCCACCGGUUCCACCACGAACCUCCAUCUGCUCGACGGCCUCCAAGCCUUACAUCUCCAUCACAGCACAGAGCAGCACAGAGUCUGCACAGGAUGCUUACAUGGAAGAAGAGGGACCAAGAGGUGACAUGACUAUCCAGUCCGGGCUUAGUAACUCAACUGAAAGCAUUGACAGCAUGAAGGCGUUGACUGCUGCCAUUGAGGCUGCAAAUGCACAGAUACAUGGACCAGCCAGUCAGCAUGUCAGUAACAGCACUGUGACAAUCAACACCUCUGCACCCUCAGUCUUGAGCAGAGGUCUGAUUGUUGAAGACCACCGCGAUGAAUACAGGAACAAGGCACUCAGGAAGGGCAAUUGUCUCUCCAUAGGUAUCCAGGUGGAUGGACCAGAGGAAACUCCGGACCCAGAGGACCCAUCUAAGUUCACCUCUGUUGGGGUGCAAGUGGAGGAUGACAGACGGUAUCGUCGCUUCCAACGCUCCAACAGUGUGACAGCAGCUGUACAAGCAGAUUUGGACUUGCCGGGCCUGCUCGACACUCCGCCUGACUCUCCUGACACUGAUUUAGAAGUCCUGUCAUCUGGUGUCCUUUCUCGUCAAUACUCCCGCGAUGCUGCCACCUCAACCGUCAGCAUCCAGGGCUCAGGGAACCACUACCACGCCUGUGCCUCCGAUGAAUAUGAGGAUGUGGGCUUUGAUCCAUCCAUUCUUCCCCCUCCAGACCCUUGGAUAGAUAGCGUCAGUGAUGACUCACCUAAUGUCAACUUCAACAGCUCGGCUAUCUUAGAAGCGGUGCAGAGGACGGUGUGUCAGCGGGAUGGCCGUUGGUUCCUGAAGCUGCUACAGGCUGAGACCGAUCGCAUGGAGGGCUGGUGUCGACAGAUGGAGAUGGACCAACAACAUAAUGACCUUCCGGAGGAUGUUCUGGGGAAGAUGAGGAGUGCCAUGGGAAGUGCUCAGCUGUUGAUGUCCCAAAAGUUUCAACAGUUCAGAGAACUGUGUGAGGAGAACUUGAACCCCCGUGCCCACCCUCGGCCAGCAGCCUCCGACCUGGCUGGUUUUUGGGACAUGCUUCAGUUAUCCAUUGAGAACAUUAGCCUCAAGUUUGAUGAGCUUCACCAACUCAGAGCCAACAAUUGGAGACCCCUAGACCCGCCUGAGAGAAAGGAGAGACGGCUUCCGCCUCCAGUCCCCAAAAAGCCACCCAAGGCCCCACACCACCACCCGCCUCUGGCCAGAGAUCGCUCGCUGGAGAGCUCUGAGAAACAGCGACAGGAGGCCAGGAAGCGCCUGCUGGCCGCCAAGAGAGCCGCAUCCGUGCGACAAAACUCUGCGACGGAGAGCGCUGACAGCAUUGAGAUCUACAUCCCCGAGGCGCAGACAAGGCUAUGAGGACGUUACUCAGCAGUACAGUACCACAUCACAUGUUGUUCGCAUCUCACUGUCAGUUGCGAAAUAUAUAGGCAGCAGUUUUUUAAAAUUGUUUUUUAUUUACAUAUGUCCUAACUUCAACCACGCGACUUCUCCGAGGCCAUAAGUGUCAUUUUGUUUUUUUAUAAAGCCAUGACAGAUAUGCUACACCGGACCGGUGCAUUACUUUUUCACUUCUUCCCUGAUGAAAUGCACUCCAGAAUUUGGAUAGUCAUGAUGGUUGAGUUCCACUGCCGGAAGGGCCGUCCCAACAUCGGGUCUCAUUCAGCAACAACAACAAAAAAAGCUUACUUUUGGUAACAUCCUUUCCAUUUGGCGUCUGAGCUUAUCAGCCAAGAAGAAGAAAUCUUACCGACACUCUACAACAUACUUACAGACCUUUGAGUGCCAAUAUGGUGGAGCAAAAUGGUUUCCAAUUGCCUCUUCUGUUAUUCUACACUGUAUGCUUUAAAGGAAUGAUGGCUGUUGACGUAAUAGGUCACCAUGGCCUCCAUUUUCGGUGCCACUUACCCUGUUCAGGUGAAAUGAAAAAGACCCCACUACUCGAGUGGUACAACGCGCACGGUUUUCCUCCUAAAAAUAGUACUGCGGGAAACUGCAAAAUGAAUGCCACGUUGACGGUAAGCAGAGCUGCUUUGAAUGCUAGGUUGACGCCGAACGCCAGCGAUUGUAAAUGCGGACGUCGGCGGGCCGUUCGUAAACACUUCCACUCAACACUCAUCCCCUAGACCCUAUAUUUUCAGAAACACUUGUUUAGCGCUGUGCUAAUGCAGGAACGCCUUGUGUGACAAACUCCACAAGCCAGUAGGCCAAAACAUCAAUCGAAUUCAUUUACCCACGACAUAUUAUGCAUAAGCGGCGCGGUGGGCGACUGGUUAGCACAUCUGCCUCGCAGUCCUGAGGACCGGGGUUCAAAUCCCGGCCUCUCCUGUCGCACGUUCUACCCGCGUCUGUGUCGGUUUACUCCGGUUUCCUCCCGCAUCCCAAAAACAUGCGUGGUAGGUUGAUUGAAGACUGAAAAUUGCCCGUAGCUGUGAAUGCUCGUUUGUUUCUAUGUGCCCUACGAAUGGCUGGCGACCAGUUCAGGGUGCGCCCCGCCUCUCGCCCAAAAAUAGUUGGGAUGGGCUCCAGCACGCCCGCGACCCGCGUGAGGAGAAGCGGCACCGAAGAAAUUGAUGGAUAAUAUGCAUAUUUUAUGAGAAACAAUGCCCGGUUGUGUUAAUAACAUCCAUCCAGCCGUCGGAAAUAAAAUUAGAAGCAAAAGAAAUCAGCCUGUUUUGAGGGGUCGGGUCAUGUCAUAAAUACCCCCCUCCCCGUGUAGUCAACUUUAGCAAACAGUCCAGGAUGUCACAUCAAUCAGAAGCUAACGCUAAUUGGAGCAUCCGAAAGCUCAACGCAUCUCUGUUUCCCUUUUGGAUUUGACAGCUCGCGACAUCCGGCUGCUACUUGAAGGUGGAGGCUUUUUUGCCAAGCCGAGCGGAGAGGCCGCGGGCGGAGAAACUCGGCGUGGGGGCGGCAUUGUGUAAAUGAGCUGCGCGGUUUGCGUCGGUCGGUCAAAAUUCCAAACAGCUCGAUUUCAAGAAACGGGCAGCCUCCGAGAGAUUCACAGAUCCGUUUCACACUUGAUAGCUGGGCAGAGACCCAACAAUUUGGAGACAAGCAAUUCAACUGGCCAUUUUUUUCCACAAUUUGUCCCCUUGAUGUUUUGGAAUAUUGGGGGGGAAGAAAACAAAAAGUAUAUAUAAUUAUUAUUGCUAUAGUUAUUCUAAGGUUGUCAUCAAAUCCUACGAAAUACAAGGUCGACGACAAGCAGUAUGAUGAGAUGGAAGAGCUCAGAAAUACCGUAUGUUAGGCAUCCUUCCAGCUUGGAGUUUGAAUAUCGGAGAGAUAGAAGGAAAUGAAACGGCACGUGCACUUGAAUCAAUUAUUAUUAUUAUUAUUAUUAUUAUUAAUAAUAAUAAUUAUUAAUUAUCGUCAGUAUAACCUUUGAAAGACAGUCAUAAAAAAUGUUGACCCGCUCCCUAAAGAUGGGGAUUUGAUCUGGCACGCACGGCUAUAGCAUCGUGGCCGCCCGUGAAUCGUACAGCUUUAUCAAUAUUGGUUGACAAUCAAAUCUCUCUACGAUUCUUUCAUAUUGCACACGGUCGGAGCUCACUAACAUUAUGAAUUUUUUUUGUUUCUUUGUUUAUUCUUCAGCCAAAUAGCCCAACUUCACACAACUUUGGGUCGGCGAUUGAAUCGUUACUGUUGACUCGAUGAACUUCGAGUUGAUUUAUUUAUGAAUCAGUCAGCAACAGAUUCUCCAGCGCAUUGCAUUUCAUUGAAUUCACUUAAGCUUUUGAGCAGGAGAUGCGUGCUUUACCGGGUUGAAGUCUGAGGACGGACUCGGCCAGUCGAAAACCUUCCGCUUCUUUCCACUGAUGAAUUGGGUGGUUGUUAACACAGCAGUGGUUUCGGGACGUUCCGAAUGGAUGUAUUGGCUGUAGCCGGUCAGAACCAGCCAAACAAAAGUUUCCAUCUUCUAAAUUGUGCGUCAGCUCCAGAUGUAAAAGCGUGACGAAAGACAGGAACAAGCGUUCCUCUCUUAUCUCAUUAUUUGUCGUUUAAUGUCAAACCCAAAUGUUUUUUGUCGAAGCUAAGACGAAGGAAUUGGCCUUACAGUUCUGAUCUGAACAAGCGUGAACUACAACGGGUUCAAAUUUGGAUCUUUUUUGCACUGUUUUUCUAGAAGAUUUCAAAGAGACUGUGAUUUGACAAUACUUAGUUUUGUUUCUGUUGUUGUUUCUUCCCCACCCCAUGAAAUGCCUUUAUACAAAAGACUGUACGGCUGCGCCCCAUUGUAUAAUUCACAUCAUCUCAUGACAUAAUCCCAUAUUUGCCCCGGGUUGAGCAUCGCCAUACGUCAACGUUCUGCCCGAAGUGAAUGCAAACAGCCAAAACGAGCAAGGGUUGACGCUUUCAAUCAUGAACACACAGUCUUCGGAAACCGAAUUCAAUUGUCACCUGACUUGGCUUGAUGCCGGCCUUUUUAUACUUACGCCAAAAGAAUUCCUCAUCUAUGUUGGAACAUAAUGAUACUCUCGAUUGUCUGCGACGAUGCUAUUCACGGCUAUGCUAAAACCUAUCCUGACUCUCCCAGGGCGGACUUCUGGUGAUCAACAGUAUAGCUGCAGUCUUAGAUACUGCACGACAGAUUCUUGUAUGACCAUGGUGAUCAUCUGUGAUUUUUAAUGAAAGUAUACUGUGUUUAUUUUUUAAUUUGUCAAAAUGUCCGAUAUGUUAGGAGCGGGGUUCAUUUUGUACAGCAUCUAAUUACCUCUGUGUUGAAAUGACAAUGACGGUGAGCCAUAUUCAAUGUGAAAUACACUUGUCAAAAGAAAGGGCCAUAUAAAUGCAAGUACGUUUUGGUCGCUGUUGUUGUUUUUUGUUUGUUUGCUGCUUUUCGAGCAAAUCUGUCUGAAGCGUUCCAGUAGCAAGUUAUGUCUGAGGAAAUGUGGCCUAUCGAUGAAUGGUGGCAAUGGAUGGAGUGUGCAUUUUUAGUGUUUUAACUGAAAAAGUAGAAAGACAGACCUGAGCCAUUUAUGGAAUACUUCAUCAAACGGGAAGAAUUCUGACUGCCUGAUUAGUGCCAUAUAACAUUAAAUGAAAAGAAUUGUAUUUCUAAGCAACUUCAGUGAAAUUAAAGGGAAUGGAAACCGAUUCGGGUUUUUCUGUAUGACAGUGGAUACUAGAAACAGUAUAUAUAUUUUUAUGUCGAUUUUUUUUCUUAACUGUUCCCCCCAAAAAAAUGUCAAAACGUGGCAGACUUUUAAUGUCUGCAACGUUUACUGUUGCUGCUGCAAACCCUUCAUUCCUGCCAAUGGUUUGUGUGAACAAGCUCAAUGACUUUCUCCUCAGGAAGAGCUGUAAGAUUCGAUUCCGAGUUAUGAUGGUCUGUUCCUCAAACACCGUGCGUGUGUGUGUGUGUGUGUGUGUGUGUGUGCGCGUGUGUGUGUGUGUGUUAUGAAGAAGUGUGAUUGCGUUCCAGUCAUACAUACAUCCGGAAUAUGUGGAAGAUUGAGCGUCUGUGUGUGAAAGUGAUUUCUGUAAAGUGCUUCCCGAGUCACUCGUCUUCUGUGUCAGGCCUUUCUUCAGUGGUCCGGUAGCCCCAUCGUCACGGUUGAGAUGAACGCCACUCGUACUUGCGACCAACCUCGUGUGUUUGUACAGAACAUGGUUGAGGCUGAUUCAUAACGCAUGCAGAUACAAUAUUAGUACUUAUUAGUACUAAAUACAAUUUGAAAACAUGUAUUGGUUUACU